GUAAAAUCAAGCAAACACCAACAAAAAACAAAAAUAACUGCUUGCAAGCGUCCAACCUCCAAUCCUCUUGAUGUGAUAGCAGUCCAUGCACGCGCUCGCUAUGCAGGCACUUCAUCCCAGCGUCAGUGGUGCACACGAGUCCUAAAGCGGGCCAGGCUCCAUCGUCAAUCAGCCUCGAUCCUUCUGGCGUCAAGCUAGAGUCGCUCUAUGGAGCACCGCGCCCUCGUACGACCAAAGUGCGUUGCAGGCCUUACAGUAUUAACAAGGGCUGUGGAAUACGGAGGGCCCAGUUGGCAUGGCACGACUAUCGCGGUUAUGCUCGCUGGCCUUGCCGCCUCUGACGGAUGUCGGUGGCUGAUAUCAAGUGCAGUAUUACCUGAUGCCACUUGGUCUUUAUGCUUCGUGCUUGCAGUCUACAGAGUGCGGUUUUUGUCAAUUCUAAUUCGUUUGCAGGACCGUCUUUUCCCUCUUCCAGCUUCCUCCUUGUCCCCUUUCGGCAUCGGGCGGCGGUGCGACGCCUUGUCCUCAUCCCACCACACCUGCUCCUCUGAUCCAACGUUGAUAUGCUAUUUGCGUGACGAAUGCGCCGUUCAAAGCACCUGUCGAGAGGCGAGAACCCACUCCCUGGCUCAGCAGCGCUUGUUAGCGAUCGGUGGCACAUCCUGGACGACGCCACAGACACUGACUAAAUGGCCGGCCGCAGCGUGAACCAGGCCGGCCAAGGGCUAGAACCGCCCCAUACACUGCACACCACGCGCCAACGCCUCUGCAAAUACAGGACAUGGCAUCGCUAGGCACCUGCUCUGUC